AUGUUAAAUUGGUCAAUUAAUGCAACUACAGUUGCUGGUUCACCAAAUGGCAUUAGUGGCUCAAAUGCAUCACUAUUAUCUAAUCCAUAUGAUGUAUUUAUUGGUAACAACAGUAUGAUUUACAUAUUAGACAAUGGAAAUUUUCGAGUUCAACUUUGGCUUCGAAACGCAGUUGUAGGAACGACAAUAAUUCAAGGCAGUGCUGGUAGUGCACUUAAUCAGUUCGGUUUAAUGGCCCAAAUGAGUAUCGAUAUAAAUGGGAAUAUUUAUAUUCUUGAUCCAAAUAAUAAUCGUGUUACAAAAUGGGCUCCAGGAGCUGGUACUAGUUCAAUCGUGGCCGCUGGAAAUGGCAAAGGCAGUAAUGCAAGUCAAAUCAAUGGGGCUUAUGGAAUGUAUGUUCAAACAAGUACAUCAAUUAUUUGGAUUGCUGACACAGGAAAUAAUCGAAUUGUCAAAUGGUCAUCACCAUCAACGAGUACUAUUGUUUGUGGUACAUCUGGUUCAGGAGCUACUCAAUUCUCCUCUCCAACAGGAAUAUUCAUCGACGAAAAUGAUCAAAAUACUAUGUAUGUAGCAGAUACAUUCAAUCACCGAAUACAACAAUGGAGAUCAGGAGAUACCAGUGGAAAAACUGUUGCAGGACAACCAAGUGUUCCAGGUUCUGCACUCAAUCAACUCUAUUUUCCAUCGAGAGUUAUCGUAGAUAUAAAUAAAAAUAUGUUUAUCGUUGAUACCGGAAAUAGCCGCGUCGUCCGUUGGAUAAUUGGCUCCAGCUCCGGUACAAUCAUUGCUGGCAAUUCAGCUGGAGGAAUAUUACCGAAUCAAUUGAAUUUUCCAACAAGUAUAAGUUUUGAUUCUGAUGGCUCUCUUUUUGUUGCAGAUUCACAAAAUCAGCGCAUCGAAAAGUUUUCUAUUAUUUGCUGUAAGUAUCUCGACUAUUAA